CACGCGCUUAAUAUUGGCAUGACCAGAAAAGCGGGCGAAGCAUAUGCGAAGCCGGGAAUGUUUCCGUACAUGGCAGCGGUGCAUCAUCUUCUGGGAGACGGACAAACCGAGCAAUGCAGCGGUACAAUCAUAAACAAAAGAUGGGUUUUCACAGCCGCUCAUUGCUUAGUGAAGAUGCCAUUUUUCGUGGUGUUCGGCAUCAUCGAUCAAUCCGGCAUUAAAUACGGCACUCUUAAGGGCCCCGGCGUGUCAAUGAUUGCGACUGAAGCACACGUACACCCGCGAUACGAAUCAGGUCACAAUGAUAUUGCCUUACUCCACAUGUCACAGGAUAUUCCCUUUUCCGACAUGGUUAAACCCGUCAAACUCGUUAGUAGCAAUAAACCUUUUCUGGGUAAAAACGCUUAUGUAAUCGGUUGGAUAAGCAUAAUCAUAACAGAUGACAUGCAUAUCAAUAGUAAAAAAAAGCUCAAGUACAUCACACUACUGAUUAUAAGCGUUGAGGAGUGCAAAAAACAUUGGGAAAUCGACAACGAUCACAUUUGCACGGAGGCAGGGAUGGAAUAUCCGAGUACUUCCCUGCUCGAGAGCGGUGGACCUCUCAUCAUAACAAAUAAGCAGGGCAUAGACCGUCAAAUCGGUAUAGUGACUUACGGACAAACGCUUUGUCUUAAAGACGCACCGGUGGUCUAUACUAGGAUUUCUGUACAUAUUGAAUGGAUUCGCAAUAUUAUGUUCUCACUUACAGUGGAAAUCAUUCUUGAGUAAAGUGUAAACGCAUAAUUACAUAGUUACAUGUUAGAUAUUUAUUAAUAAAUAUAACUGCUCGCGAAGUCGCGAGGUGACCAUUAUCGUGACUGUUUAUUGGAGAGAGAACGAAGCCGCGAAUCCAACAGCGAAGCCAUCACACGCGCGAGCAAGUAUCGCGCGGUCCGUUGUACACUCAAUAAAAUUUGUUGCGCCUAUCGUGGAAGACUUGGAUUAUUAAGGAAGUCGGUCCAGAAAUCAGCACAGAUCUAUGCAGAUGAGUGCGAACAGAGAUACUGUCUUUUAUUGCGAUAGAGACGUUAUAAUUUAUUUACGAGCGAGAUGUU